UUGUUUAACUUGUCCUCUCCGAGUGUAGAACUGCCUCGCGAUCGAGAACGCUUUAUCGUAAUUUAUCGGAAAUUCUUUAUUAAUGUUUAUGCUCUCGAUUUGUUUUUUAAAUGCUAUGUAACGUUUAACUCGUAUAGACAAUUUAUUUAAACAAGAUGCGCGUACUCCGCAUUCUGAGGUGCCGGCCGUUCUCCACUCGCGUGUUGGCGCUGCUGCUGAUCGCGCUCGCCUUCGGCAUCUACUGCUACUAUUACGCGGUGUCGCCGGCCUACCCUAAACCAGCAAAUACUCUGAACAACAAUGAAAACACGAAGGCUCUGCAGUAUGUACAUGACUCGCACCGAGAACUCCAGGAGAAGCCCUUCACCGACCAAUGCCCGCUGGUCCGCGAGAGCGCUGCGGAUAUCGACACCACGACCAUCUACCCGUCUUUCGACUUUCAGCCGAGUUGGCUCCGGACAAAGGAAUUUUGGGACCGAACAUUCGAAGAUCGUUACGAGAUCAUCAAGAAUGACAGCCGGCGACCACCAUUGAAGGUCAUCGUGGUGCCGCACUCGCACAACGACCCCGGCUGGCUGAAGACGUUCGAGCAGUACUUUGAGUGGAAGACGAAGAAUAUCAUCAAUAACAUCGUACAGAAACUCCACCAAUACCCCAAUAUGACUUUCAUUUGGACCGAAAUGUCAUUUCUCAACGCGUGGUGGGAGCGAUCUCAUCCAGUCAAGCAAAAGGCACUGAAGAAGUUGAUCAAAGAGGGUCGCCUAGAGAUAACGGGAGGAGGCUGGGUGAUGCCGGAUGAAGCCUGCACACAUAUUUAUGCACUGGUGGAUCAGUUCAUUGAAGGACAUCAAUGGGUAAAAACGAAUCUUGGUACAUCGCCCAAGACCGGGUGGUCGAUCGAUCCAUUUGGUCAUGGCCCCACCGUACCCUACCUUCUAGACCAGAGUGGCCUCGAAGGCACCGUCAUCCAGAGAAUACACUACGCCUGGAAGCAAUGGUUAGCGCAGAGGCAGAUCGAGGAAUUCUACUGGGUUACCAACUGGUCCGAAAAGAAACCUUCUCUCAUCGUCCACAAUCAACCCUUCGACAUCUAUUCUAUUAAGAGUACAUGCGGUCCGCACCCCUCUGUCUGCUUAGGCUUCGAUUUCAGGAAAAUACCCGGGGAAUAUUCGGAGUACACCGCAAAAUAUGAGGAGAUAACCGACCAGAACCUCCACACCAAAUCCAAAACUCUGAUAGACGAAUACGAUCGGAUCGGCUCCCUGACUACCCACAACGUCGUACUCGUGCCCCUCGGCGACGACUUCCGAUACGAGUACGGCGUGGAGUUCGACGCCCAGUACACUAAUUAUAUGAAAAUGUUCAAUUAUAUUAAUAAUCAUAAAGACACCUUUAACGCUGAUGUUUCAUUUGGAACGCCCCUCGAUUACUUUAACGCUAUGAAAGACAGGCACAAAAACAUACCUACGCUCAAGGGAGACUUCUUUGUUUACUCGGAUAUAUUCAGUGAAGGAAAGCCGGCCUACUGGUCCGGUUACUUUACCACCCGACCGUACCUGAAAAUCUUGGCUCGCCAGUUCGAGCAUCACCUGAGAACCGCUGAGAUUAUCUUCACGCUAGUUGCGAACUAUAUUAAACAAUCGACCACGCUAAAGCUGAUCUCGUCUGAAAAAAGAUUAGAAAAGUUCUACGAACAAUUGAUUACCGCUCGUAGGAACUUAGGUCUAUUCCAGCACCAUGAUGCAAUCACCGGAACGUCCAAAUCUAGCGUGAUGUUCGACUACGGAACCAAACUGUUCACGAGCAUUUAUCACUGCAUUCGUCUGCAAGAGGCGGCGCUCACCACCAUCAUGUUACCUGAUCCAUAUCUCCACUCGCAGAGCAUUCUUCAAAGCCAGCACGAAUGGGAAACCUACGGUAAGCAACCGAAGCAGUUACAGGCGUCGGUCGUCGACAAAAGGAAAGUUGUUCUGUUUAACUCGCUCGCCGAAGAACGCACAGAUAUAAUAUCGAUCAGGUCAAACACCACCAGCGUGCGCGUUUACGAUACGCGUAGGAAGGAAUACGUCCAAUACCAGAUCACGCCGAUUAUUGAAAUACGGGAGCAUGGAAAAUAUGUCAUCAGUGAUACGAGCUUUGAUGUCCUUUUCGUCGCCACCGUGCCGCCUCUUACUGCGGUCACUUUUAAUCUCGAGGAAUACACCAACACGUCACAGCAUUGCGUUAUCUUUUGCAAUAAUUGCAGCGAUAAAAUAUUAGGCUCCGAUAAAACCGAAAAUUUCACCGUAAAGAAGAUGAUGCCUGGUGAUAUUCAGCUGGAGAAUUCGGUUUUAAAACUUUUGAUUGAUAGAAAUACUGGGCUCCUGAGGCAAAUUAACAGAAAAGAUAACCGAAGGAGACACGUCGUCGAAAUGCAGUUCGGUGCUUAUCAAAGCGCACAACGACACUCGGGAGCCUAUCUCUUCAUGCCAGACUACGACGCUCCAGAGAAAAAGGUCCUACAUCAAUACGGCAGCGGAACAAGCCAGCAAGACGAGAACAUAAUCAUCCUAUCGGGCCCCGUGUCCACUGAGAUCACUACACUGUACCUACCUCUUCUAGUCCAUACGGUUAAAAUUUACAAUGUCAAAGAUAUUGCUCUCUCGCACGCCGUACACGUCGAGAACGUCGUUGACUUUGAAAGCCCUCCGAAAAACCGAGAAACAGAGUUAUUCAUGAGAUUACAAACAAACAUACAGAAUGGAGAAGUGCCAGAAUUCUAUACUGAUCAGAACGGCUUCCAGUAUCAGAAGAGAAUUAAAGUAGAGAAAUUAGGUAUCGAAGGAAACUACUACCCGAUUACGACGAUGGCUUGGCUGCAGGAUGAGGAGGUCAGACUCACUCUCAUUACAAACCACGCUCAGGGAGCCGCAUCUUACGAACCCGGCCGCUUAGAAGUCAUGCUCGACCGGCGAACACUAUACGACGACCAUCGAGGCAUCGGGGAAGGGGUCGUGGACAACAAACCCACAGUGUUCCACAACUGGAUUCUCCUUGAGCCGAUUUCUGCAGACAGACGGAAGAGAGAUACGAGCGAGCACGUGUCCGGAGUACUGAACAGACGAAACUUCAGUCCAGAUGCAAAGACCACUAUAUACGAACUACCCACGCGCACCGCCGACCACCUGAGCAGGACCAUGAAUUACCCGGUAAACGUGUACGUCGUGGACACCAGCGAGGUGGGCAACGUAAACGUAAAAACCUAUCAGACCUUUAUUCAAAACUUCCCCCCGGACGUACACCUGGUCUCGUUGCGAACUAUCACCGAUGAGGUGUUGGAGCAAUUUCCGAGUACCGCCUGCUUUAUGGUGCUGCACAGACCCGGCUUCAGCUGCUCGCUAGGCGACGGCUCUCGACGGACCUCCGCUCGCUUCACGGCGAAAACCCUGUUCAACGGAUUGCACAUUUCUAAUCUUACCGCAGUGAGCCUGACCGGUCUAAAAACGUACAAGUCGCUCUCCGGACUGGAAGAUAUCGAAAUAGCUCCGCUUGAAAUAAAAACCUACAAAAUAAGGUUUUAAGGAACGUUUGAGUUACGUGUAGACCAUUCGACAUUGCGCCCGUAGGUCUGCAUCAACUCUACAGCCGUCUCCGGCCGGCGCGUCAAUAUUAAUGAGAGGAAAUGACUGUUUAGAAUCACAUAUUUAACUGUUACGUACGUGUCUACUAGUCGUGUGUAAAUUCCCUUCUCCUUGAGCGCUUCUUCGCAAUCGAAACUAUUAUUACGGUUUAUAUUUCGAAAUAGGAAGUUGACAAAAAUCUAGAUUAAUCUACCUCAGGACCAAAUUAUAAUAAUACACUCACAAUUUUGCAAUAUCCUGUCUAUUCAAAUACAAAUCUAUUUUUUUGUAUAGCCUAUUCGACAGCGCCGAUAUAUUACGGAUAUACUUCGCGUCGCCUUCGCACCCGUUUGGAGAUAUUGUUACUAUAUUUACUAUCGUUUAAGCGUCCUUAGUUACUCUACUUGUUUUGAUUGUCUAUGAUAUUAGUACUUGCAAAGAUCUCUUUAAUUCUAUACAUUACUGGUCAAUGUUAGUGAAAUAGUUAGGAAUCGUUACACGAAUAUAUACAAUCGGAAUAUAUACACAGUACACGGUACAGUACACGCCCUCGAGGGUCAUUUAAUUUAUAGUAAUAUUCGCGUGACGUAUGUACGUAAAAGUAAUGUUGUAUUUUUAGGUGAUCAGUGACCCGGUGGACCGUUUCGGUGCUCCCGCGUGACGUCACUGAUGUUUCACAAAUUUUGCCAAAUUGAAUAAUGUAAAAGCAUUAAUUUAGUCAUAAUUUUGAUAUAAUUAUUUAUCGUUUGUAUUAUUUUCAAGUACAAUAAGGAUAUUAUUUGGUUGUGUUCGCAUAAUUGUAGAAUUAGGCGAUUUAGUACAAUUUAAGUUAUUCAUGGAAUAGUCAUUAAUUAUUUAUAUUAAGAGGAAUGUUUCCGAAUCUCGUUACGAUCUGUAUCAGUAACUAACUAUGUACCAUCUACAUCACCUUGUACUGUGAAUCGUCAUUUUACUACUAAUAUUACUGUCUAGAAAUAAUCGUAGUUAGUAUUUAAAUGGAUGUUAUUAAAUGUUUAUCGUCAAAUUUCUAGUACGAAGGAGACUACUGUUAGAAGCGACAACUGUUCUUUGCGAUGC